UACUGAUAGUAACCCGGAUAUACAGAUCGGAUAAGUUUAAAAAGUGAAUCACAUAGAGGAAAAUACAUACUGCCAUGUAUUUGAUAUACCUCGUCCUGCUUUCGACUGCCUCCGCUUGGAUGUUUCCCGAUCUUGAGAGAUAUUGCAGUGAAUCGUAUUGCCAUAUAAUCGGUAGGAAUAGGAAAUAUUCCGGGAAAAUUGCCCACAGGCUGUUGGAAUUCCACAUUGACUCCUGCUCUGACCUAGAAGUACUGAAACUCAUGCCCAAUCUGCGCACCCUGGAACUGGAAUACUGCAACUCCAGCGAGAAUUUCACCAUGAAUGACCUCGAUCCACUCCGAUUUCUAAGCACCCUUCAGUUGCGACGCGGCAAUCUUUCGGAGCUUCAGGACAAACACUUUGCCAAGUUUUCCAAGAUAGAGGUCCUUGAGCUCGGAGGCAACUCCAUUGCUCGACUAACCAAUGAAUCCUUUAUAGGUAUACCCAAACUCUGGUUACUGUCUCUGCCGGGUAAUGAUAUUGAAGUUUUGCCACAGGGUGUAUUCCAAACCCUACCGGAACUACUGCAUCUUGACCUAAGUGGCAAUAAGAUCGAAAGGCUCGGGGAGAGCAUUUUUGCCGGAAACCCGAAAUUGGAGAUGCUGCUGCUCAAUGGCAAUCCCCUGACCUGGAUAUCACCAACGGCCCUGGGAUCUCUUGGGAAUCUACGUCUUCUGGACCUGAGCAACUGUGGCCCACUGCCGGAUCUUACACUUCAAGGUGCUCAUUCCUUGAUCUUGGACAAUAGCCAACUAAAGUACUUGGACAUCAGGGGCACUGUUAUGAAACUGCAAGCGCGGGACAAUCAGCUUACCAAUAUCAGAUUUGCCGACAAGAGCUCGGUAACCGAGCUAGAUCUGCAUAAUAAUUCACUGACAACCGACGAUAUUCCCUUUAUUCUAAUGGGCAUGUGGAGACUGCAGCGCCUGGAUCUAUCCAAUAAUCUCAUACAUAAGUUCCCUGGGGCGGGAAGCGACAAUACAAGUGAACUCUUUCUGCUGCCCAACCUCAUGCACGUUAAUUUGUCAGCGAAUCUUCUGCAGCGUCUACACUUUGAUUCUCCGUUUCCCUGGGCAAGGCUUACCCAUUUAGACUUGUCGUACAAUAGAUUGUCUCCAUAUGGCCUACCAGAAAGAGCCAUAAACGAGGCAUUCAAUCUUCAGAGCUUGCACAUACAGGGAAAUGGUAUUACUUAUUUUCGACCCACUACUUCCAAGAAAUCAUAUUCAGCUCUCAAAGAGGUGGCAUUUUACGACAACAAGUACAAACCUGAAGUUUAUAAAAAUAUAACGAAGUUCUUCAGGGACCUUAAAGUUAUCGUAUUAGAGAAAACCCAACAGGAUCUCCCCAGCAAUGACAGCUUAAAGGAAGAUUGCGCGCACUUUAUAGAGAAAUCUCAGACAUUACCUCCAAAAAAGGAGAUUCAAGUUCAUCCGGUUGAGGAGAUCAUAGUGAAGAACAAUGAAGGAUUUUGGAACACCUGGAAUAUCUUUCUACUUGGUAUUCUAAUGACUUCCUUAACUGUAAACGCAGUUCAGAUUAGGCAACGCUACCGUUUGAGAGGAAGACACGUCAUUCCGCGGGAAACACCAAUAUCUUCAAUGGAAACGAUGUUCGUUCGAGACGAAGAAAUGCUUAAUUAAAACGUAUCCGCAAGGAAGACUACAUUUUCAAUGAAAACAAUAUUGCCCAAAGACAAAUGUAAUAUAUACUUUAUUAGUCAUUUAUUAUUUUGUACUUAACAUGUGUAAAUAUCUUUUCAUUCCUAAAGACCAAAUACUGUUCCUUAAA